AUGUUCUUCCCUCCCUCCAUCACAGAUAACCUUCCACCGCUGCCCUUGAAAAACAUGGAGGCGCUCGCGGUCGGUCGCCUGUCCUGGUUUGCAGGAUAUGACAUCGAGAAGCACGAAUGGAUUACAUUCAAGGGUUUGAAAUGUGAUAGAUCCGUUUACGAUAGACAUGCGUGGAGAAAGCUGGUCAAGGACCAACAGACCAUGGAUCUCAUCCAAUCCAUAUUGGAUACCAUUGGAUGUUGUCCUGGCAAUCCGCAGCGAGAGAAUGGUCUGGAAGGCAUGAACGUCCUCCUGAGAGGGGCCCUGGGAACGGGCAAAAAGACAGUUGCUCACGCGAUCUGCAACAUGCUCAAACGCCCGAUGCUUGACAUUCAGGCCAGUGACAUCCCUGCCAAUGUGCAACCUUGGGCCGCCAAAUUAGCAUGGCUUGCGACAAAGUGGAAUGCGGUGGUAGUCAUAGACCGCGGGGAUUAUUUCAUGAACCUUGAAUGUGCAGAUGGUCCAGAACGCAUCAACGUCAUGAUUCAAGAAUUCAAGUUCUACGGAUGUAUCUGUCUGUGGCCCGCGGUUUUGACGGACGAGCAGCAGGCACUGCUCGGGCCGUUCUCAGCCACUAUCAGAUUCCCAGAUCUCGAUCUAGCAGCCCGUCGCCAACGUUGGCUGCAGCUCUUUGGCCGAGAUGACCUGGCGGCAGCCAUUUCUAGUGGCAUGCAUGCAUCCGUCCCUGCCGAGAAAGAUACGGAGGUGUGGACUUUCCUCCGGGAGAUCGAGAAAAUCUCUUGGUACGAACUCGAUGGAGUCGACAUUGAUAACUUCAUGCGUUUAGCACAAACCGUAGCUGGGGGACAAGGUCCAACUCCUCAGGAUGUAAAGAAGCAUCUCAAGGUCUGGGGUGUGCCCCUUUCCGUACGGAGCAAGGUAGCGCGGUUUUUCGCGCUUCGUGACAUGCAUCCAACCGACUAA